AUCAGCAAUGGCUUCCAAAGAGAAAGAAGAUGAUGAGAUCCCAAAAGAAGAGCUCGACGACGACGUAGAUUCGUCUGUGCUUUCAGCGUUUCUUCUUCGCAGUGGGCAGAUCUUCUCUGCAGCUCUCAACGCCGCCAUUGAGCUCAACCUGUUCGACAUCAUUGCUGAGGAAGGAGGAAGACACGUGUCAGCCUCUGAAGUGGCUUCGAAGCUCCCAGGCUCAUCUCAGCACCGGGACUUGGCUUUCAGAAUCGAUCGUCUCUUGAGGCUUCUUGCCUCUCACUCUCUUCUGAGUUUCAGGGUUCGUGAGAAGGGAGAAGAAGAAGGUGGUGCCCUUGAGAGACUCUAUGCCCUUUCUUCCAUUGGGAGGCACUUUGUGAGUGGAUCCUUGGGAUACGUACCAAUCUUCUCUCAUCCUGCACUCCUACAAGCUUGGCUUAACUUUAAGGAUGCGAUAAUAGACGAAGAUAAUGACUUGUUCAAGAAGGUUCAUGGAAUGCCAAUGUACGAAUACGCAAAGAGUGAUCCAACAUGGAACAAAACUUUCAACAAGGCAAUGGCCAACUUUUGCAACAUAGAGAUGGGAAGAAUCCUGGAAUUAUACAAAGGAUUUGAGGGAAUAUCAACACUUGUUGAUGUUGGAGGAGGCACCGGUCAAAACCUUAAAAUGAUUGUCUCUAAGUAUCCUUCAAUUAAGGGUGUCAAUUUUGACUUGCCCCAAGUCAUUCAAAAUGCACCAUCCCUUCCAGGGAUUGAGCAUGUUGGAGGAGACAUGUUUGAAAGUGUUCCAAAAGGUGAUGCCAUCAUAUUAAAGGCUGUGUGUCACAAUUGGUCAGAUGAAAAUAGCAUAAGGGUGUUGAAGAAAUGUCAUGAAGCAUUACCAGAAAAAGGGAAGGUGAUAGUGAUGGAGUUUAUAAUGCCUGAAGAAAAUAGGGCAACAAAAGAAGCCAAGUAUGUAUCAAUCUUGGACAAUCUCAUGUUCCUUCAUGACGGAAGAGAAAGAACUGAGAAAGAGUUUGAGUCUCUUUGCAGAAAUUCUGGAUUUUCAGGCUUCAAGGUUGCUUGUCGUGCUUUUUCUGCUUUAGGAGUCAUGGAAUUUUGCAAAUAAAAUGUCAACUAGAUAUGGAUAUAUUCCAUCACAAGUGCCAUGCUAUUUGGCAAACAAAUGUGGCGAUAUGGAUUUUGUGUUUUACGGGUGUGGAUGGAUCAAUUGUUAAUUAAUCAUCUAUGGAAAAAAUA